GGUGUAUUAUUAUAUGGUCCUCCUGGUACAGGUAAGACAUUAUUAGCAAGAGCAGUUGCUCAUCAUACAAGUUGUACAUUUAUACGUGUAAGUGGUGGUGAAUUAGUACAGAAAUAUAUAGGAGAAGGUAGUCGUAUGGUUCGUGAAUUAUUUAUAAUGGCUAGAGAACAUUCACCAUCUAUUAUAUUCAUGGAUGAGAUUGAUUCUAUUGGAUCACAAAGAGUACAUAAUACAGGAGGAGGAGGAGGAGGAGGAGGAGGAGGAGGAGGAGGUAAUGGUAAUAAUGAUUCAGAGGUACAAAGAACUAUGAUGGAAUUACUUAAUCAAUUAGAUGGAUUCGAAUCCAAUAAAAAUAUCAAGGUAUAG